AUGGGUUUCCAUGAAUCUUGUUGCAGUCAACUAUAUAAUCUUAAAGAUCCUGUAUUGAUAAACAAACAAGGAGAUGCCCUUUUGCCCGAGAUUUCUCCUGCUGCAUCUCCUCAGCCCUAUCUUCCUCUUCUUGCCCCCUCGCCAUUGGAACCCUUCACAAAUAGUACUGUCCCAAAACUAUCAGGACACUGUACGUUAAACUUCAGUGCAGCCGAAAGCUUGAUGACCAUGACUUCAACUGAUUGCUGGGCGUUUUUGGCCCCAUUGUUGGCUAAUGUAAUGUGUUGUCCACAGCUAGAUGCCACUCUUGUGAUUCUUAUUGGUCAGUCCAGUAAAGAAACUGAUGUGCUUGCUUUAAACAAGACCCUUGCUGAGCAUUGCCUCUCUGAUAUUGAGCAACUUUUGGUGGCCCAGGGUGCUUCUGACAAUCUUAAGCAGAUAUGUUCUAUUCAUCCGUCGAACCUCACUGAAGCAUCUUGUCCUGUCAAAGGUGUCGAUGAGUUUGAGAGCGCUGUGGAUUCCUCUAAACUCCUUUCUGCCUGUGAAAAGAUUGAUCCUGUGAAAGAAUGUUGUGAGCAAGUUUGUCAGAAUGCCAUAUCAGAUGCUGCUACAAGAAUUGCACUUAAAGCUUCUGAUCCCUUGAGCAUGGGCGGGCCCAAUGUUCUACCUCAACACUCAACUAGAAUAAAUGAUUGUAAAACUGUUGUUCUCCGAUGGCUGGCCAGUAAACUUGGUCAGACUCGUGCAAAGGAAGUUCUCAGAGGAUUAUCUAAUUGCAAUGUUAAUAAAGUUUGCCCUUUGGCAUUUCCCAACACGAAGCAUGUGGCAAAGAGCUGUGAAAAUCCUAUUAUUAACCAGACAGCUUGCUGUACUGCCAUGGAGAGCUAUGUAUCACACUUACAGAAGCAGAGCCUCAUUACCAACUUGCAAGCUUUAGAUUGUGCUACACUACUAGGAAUGAAGUUGCAAAAGUCAAAUAUAACAACAGAUGUUUAUAAACUCUGCCACAUAAGUCUCAAGGAUUUCUCUUUACAAGCCGCUGGAAGUCAAGAGUCUGGAUGCCUCCUGCCAAGCUUGCCUUCAGAUGCAACAUUUGACAAGUCUGGGAUCAGCUUUAUUUGUGAUCUCAAUGACAAUAUUCCAGCCCCGUGGCCUUCUUCAUCUCAGUUACCAGCUCCAUCAUGCAAUAAAACUAUAAGGAUUCCGGCACUUCCGGCAGCUGCAUCUGCACAAAGUGGUCUUUAUAAUGAAGAUUUGAAAUUUUAUCAACUCUUUGCUUCCUCGUUGAUUCUCUUGAUGCUCAUAUAGUUUUGAUGAACGCCGUUCCUGCUUAUUUUCUACGUUAGAAUCUUUUUAGUCACUGCCAAUACAAUUCUCUCAAUCCUUACAAUACAAGGAUUUAUAAUUGGAUGAUGAGUUAUAUGUCAAAAGUUCUAUCAUCUCCCAACACGUCUUAAGUUAAUUUAGUUUGAAGAGUAAGAGUACCUGGUUUUGGAGUUAAUUUGUGUUUUUGAUAGCAUAUUAAUUCUUGAUUCUUGCAUGCUUUUUGUAAUAAAUUCUUUGUAAAUAUAUAUGUAUCAGUAAAAUGAAGGAAUGUUAAUAUCUGCUACCAUUUGACUAUGCCAU